ACUAGUUUUAAAGAACACAACAAUGGUGUCAAGAAGAUGCAGAAUUGCUGUGUUCUUUUUAAUUAUGUUUCUUGCAGCAUCCAAUGCAAGGAAAAUUAAACAGUAUAAGCCAUGCAAGGAGUUAGUCUUAUACUUUCAUGAUGUUAUAUACAACGGCAACAACAAGGACAACGCAACAUCUGCAAUUGUGGCAGCGCCACACGAGGCUAAUUUAACCAUUUUAGCAGGCCAUUUUCAUUUCGGAAACAUAGCAGUUUUCGAUGAUCCCAUUACUCUUGACAACAAUUUUUACUCCAAGCCUGUUGGUAGAGCACAAGGCAUGUACAUGUACGAUAGCAAAAAAACCUUCACGGCUUGGCUAGGAUUUUCAUUCCUCCUUAAUAGCACACAUCACCAGGGCUCCAUAAAUUUCAUUGGAGCCGAUCCUAUUAUGGUCAAAACCAGAGACAUUUCUGUGGUGAGUGGCACUGGAGAUUUUUUCAUGCACCGUGGCAUCGCUACUAUAAUGACUGAUGCAUAUGAAGGUGAAGUCUACUUUCGUUUGCGUGUUGACAUCAAAUUUUAUGAAUGUUGGUAGUUAAUUAGGCAUAAACAUGAUUUGACUUUCAGUCUAAUUACGUGUAAUUUGUGGAAAAAAUAUGUGGGUGAAAUGUUGUAUAUU